AUAGAGAGAGAGAGAGAGAGAGAGAGAGAGAGAGUAAUAGAGAAAAAAAAGGGCGCGACGUGAACAAACACCGUGAGAAAUGGACGAGAAAGGGCGUCGCCAUCGUUGCAUCCUGGUCGGCCGUAUGAAGAUCACUCAGUCAGUGGUCAACCGUCAAAGGAGUAACACACUGCGGCUCUCGCGUCACUGGUAUGAUGCUAUGAUGGGCAUGGGAACCGCCACGCCCUCAGAUCUUCCCGGGCAUGUGGAGAGGGGAUGCAUGGACGUAGAGGUGGAGAUGAUGCCCUCUGAUAUCACCGUCAAGAGUGGGGAUCAUUUAGAAAACAAUAUUCGCUUGCAAGACUUGAUGUUCCUGGCGGCCAUGCGAACUCCAGAAGAAUCAAGAAAUCAUGUGAUGGUUGCCGGCUACUGUCAGUACGCACAGACGUUGCUGGCUCUUGUUUUCGAGUUCGCUGACAAUGAACUCGCCAACCUUUUCAUCAGAGACUACCAUACGUAUUGUACGCUGGCGGUUACGCGCAGAGAGGACCCCAAGCCUAAGCUCCCUUCUCGUCCUGCGUCGCUCGUACUGCCCAAGCACCUGUCGCUGAGUGGUACGCGUGAUGCCCCAGCUGAUUUUCAAGAGGAUCCCAGUGAGGCGCCCCCCUCUGGAGUAUGGAAACCGCCCGUCCCUCCGAGAAAUAGAGCACAGUGCAAAGAUAAGCCCCCUAUACCUCCGCGAAACAGUGUAGUCGAGCAGAUCUCGCCCAUUUCAGCCACUGCCAAACCACCUCUCCCUCCGAGAGGCAGUGACAACCUUAGAAACUCCAGUCACACUACAUCCAAAUCCCCGCCACCACUUCCUCCCAGAGUCAGCGAAAUGGGCAAGAACUGUGACGUGGCCGCAAUCUCCACAGGUUCCAGCUUCAAAUCACUGAAGUUUAAAUCCCUUUUAAAGAAAGGAAGAACGGGAGAAGAGGCACAGAAGGGCCCAAGCAAACCAAAGAAAGGAAUUUUCUCCUUCCGGAGAAAAGUUGUCCAAUACGAAAAUGUGAUGUUGCAGGUUGAGGAAAAGACUAACACGGUAAACUUGAAUGAAGAUUCUCUCUCCGAUGAUAGUAAGUUUUCAGACUACGAAUCCAUAGAUGAAAGUUACGACUAUUCAGAAGAUUUUUACGAAUCUCUUGGUUUAAGCAUUGAGGAUUCUGAACGCAUCUUUAGGUGUGACACGACUCAUCACGCAGAGAAUAAUACGAGCUCACAGAAGGAGUCCAUCUUUCAUUUCCUAAAAGAUGAAUACGACUACCAGACUUGUUUACGUUGUAUCACAGCUGCAAGGACAUUGUCACCAGAGCUGCAUCGUCUUUUAGGCCGUGCAGAGGCACUAGAACAUUUACACAAUGACUUGUACAGAGAACUACAUUCCUCGCACGACUCUUACUCAUCGAUCGCACAAGCAUUCCUCUCUCGACGGGAACAAUUGGAGUCCUAUAAAUAUCACUUAAUGAAUGGUCCUCGGAUCAAAGAGGAAUUGGCAAAGGUACCGGAAUCCGACCUUAGAGAUCAUCCCGACCUGGAGGAAACCCUGAGGACCUCGUGGAAAAGACCUCACUUCUAUUUCAUGAAUCUGGAAAAGUUUCUUUCUAGCGUUCCAAUAGACGACAGAGACAUUAUGCAAGAAGCCGUGACGAUGCUCAAAGAGUUGAAUCGCCUCGGAGACAGUGGCAUUAUCAUUGAUGGCGUGAAGGGUUGUCCUUUCGACCUGCACAUUAAGGCGCCGUUGCUACUCCACAGCUCAUUCAAGAUCAAAGGGCCAGGGAUGCAGAAGAAGGAUUACCGCGUCCUCCUUUUCGGCGAGAUGCUGGUCAUCACCCUCCCAGAGGGUUGGGUCUACAGGUAUCAGUGUAGCCUUCGCAUGGACCAGCUACUCCCUAUUUGUCAGAAACCCGAACAGGCUGCGUCGUUUGCUGUGGUAGUGAGAGAUGGAGGAAAGAAAGAGAAGAAUUAUGUCUUCACAGCACCCAACGAGAAUACGAAGCAGAAGUGGGAUGAUGAAAUAAAGAGGCUUACUAAAAACAUCGCAAAUGAAGUGAAAAGGGAGGCAGAAAAGCGCUUUGGUGCGAUGCCUGUGGUGUGAGAUAUGUUACUUUGCUUUUUUUGUAAAAUAAAAAUACUUUUACUCACAUUCAAGGACAUUAAAUAAAUAUGAAUUUGUAUUACAUGGGUUGUUCAUCUAGUCCAGGGGUUCCCAAACUGGGGUACAUGUACCCCCAGGGGUACAUUUGGUCUGAAGGAAACAAUUACUUGCACAAUACAUGGUGUUGUAAUCUGCACUCAGAUUGCACUUUU